AUGAAUACACUCAAACCAAUUCUUCACUGCAAAUGCGAUCCACGGUGCAAAUUCGAUCUCAUUGAUCAAAUCCGAUCAGAACGUGACACUGACCAAGUGAUCAGGUUUUUACAAGGCCUUAAUGAUGAUUAUAAUGGUUUAAAGUCUAACGUGCUUGUGUUAGAUCCACUGCCUGAGGUUUAUAGAGUCUUUGUUAUGGUUGAGAAACUGGAAAGACAAAUCACUAUGAAUAAUCUGACCUUAGGCAGCAUAGAUGUUAGCAAUGCUAAUGUUGUUGGGAAUACUCAUGACUCUGAUGAACUAGUGGCUACAUCUCUGAACUCUUACAAAGGUAAACGAAGUGGUAAUGCAAAGGCAAAGUGUACAUUCUGUGGAAUGACGGGGCACACCGUGGACAAAUGCUACAAGAAGCACAGUUAUCCCCCGGGAUGGAAACCAGAGUUCAAAUCAAAAGCAGCAGUGAUAGGGGAUCUGGGAAUAAGUUCAGAACAAAUGCAGAAGAUUAUUUCUAUUUUUCACCCUCAAGCCAACCAGUCUCCAAGCUCAAAUACCAGUGUUGCUGUGUCCCUAGUUCCCAACUUUAAAGAGAUGCAAUCUGAUAACAAAGGCAAUUACCCUAUCACUCUUGUCAAUUCCUUCUCUAUGUGUGAAUCUUCUUGGAUUCUUGAUUCAGGGGCAACGAACCAUAUAGAGAAGAAUGGAGUGAUGGGUGGUAUAGCUAAAGAGGACAGAGGACUAUAUCUUCUAAUGAAGUCACCUAGGCUGCACUUUAAUAAAUCAGAAGCAAUGCAGCUUGUAAAUAAGUUUCAUUCCUUUGUCCUCUCUCAAUUCGGAGUCCUAAUCAAGGUUAUUCGAGGUGAUAAUGGCUCCGAAUUCAACAUGACAGAUUUUUUCUCAGAAAAGGGAGUUAUCCAUCAGCGGUCUUGUGUGCACACCCCGCAGCAGAACGCCAUUGUUGAGCGAAAACAUUAG